AGCGUUUCGAACUUCUUCGCGGAUUCUUCGGACUGACGUUGUUAUGUUGAAUUGAGGCUUUUUCUUUUACGGCAGGGUGCUUGGAGUUCGGCAUUUUGAUGGGACGAGAUCGACUCGAGGAUGGCGACUCCUGGACUUCGGUUUCGAACGCCGUACAUUGAGGAGCUGCCUAUCGGACAGCAAAAACAAGCGCCGGGAUUCGCGUGGGUAGCUGUUGCAGGUCCAGUUGCAGACCCGUCGAAGAAUUGGGGGACGACGAAUAAGAAGAGAGCAAGAGGAGCAGGCGCUGGAGGUCAGACUGAGGCACAGAAGGAGGCGUUGAGCGCGAAGCAGCAGAGACAGGUGGAGAGAAAGAUUCGGGAGCUCAAUAGCGAUGGCACGAGGGAUGUGCAGAUACCUGCGCCCAAGGGAGAGGUAGCAAAGGGAGGAGGUUACAGAGUGGGCAAGACGCCAGCUACUAAGAAGAUUCUAGCUAGCGGCAAGACGUUCCAGCACUACUUGGACGAUGAAGAGGCAGAAAUCGCGCUGAAAGGCAGAAGAGACUUGGACAACCUGCCAGGGCCAAAGCCAGACUCGCAGCGGGCCAGUAAGACGCCGAUUGCCAGACGGAAGCCUUCGAAUCUGCAGAGAGAGGAGAGCAGCACGGGUGGCAGUCCUGCACCGAAUGCAAACGCUCCACCCGUCCCGACUACACUCGCACCACCCAUGCCUAGCGACCUGAUGGACCUCGAUGAAGAAGACGACGAUGCCCUCGAUCCUAUGCCGACGCAAGCCGAGAUGGAAGCGCUGCUGAACGCUCCUCCUCUCACCUACAACCAAGCACGAUCAGCUCCACCGCCCGCAAGCGCACCUCCUCCACGCCAGUUCUGCGAGACGUGUGGGUACUGGGGAAGAGUCAAGUGUAUGAAAUGUGGUAACAUGACAUGCAGUGUGAUCUGCAAGGAUACACACGACGAGCACAAGUGCCUCAAGUUCUAUGCAUAGGAUGCUGGAGAUGAGAGGCGCGGUGCUCGUCGUGUGAGGUUCGCAUGAAAUAAGGGAGCUAUUGGAGUUGCAAUUGCAUUUCGAGAUACCCAUAUUACAGAGCAGAACCACAGCCAACAGCCGCUCAUUGACUGUUUCCAUUUACUGAACGAAGAACGAUUCAACACCUCAUACAGUCAUCCCGGUGCAAUUGCUAGACAGCAC